GAAAUGGAGCUUCAAAUUUUUCUGAUUUUCACCCUCAUUGGGCUUGUUAUAGCCUAUACUGAUUACUACGGUGGCGGUAAGGGUAGGCCGCCUCCGGCUCGGCCACCACCUCCACCACCGCCACGUGGUGUCAAGUGUCCGGCGGGUUGGACGUUAUGGAAGAGGUCACAGGGAAAUUGGUGUAUUAGGGUAUUCCACGGACAGUACACAAACCCCCAAGCCGAGGCACAAUGCCAUGCCAAGGGCGCCACCCUCACCGGGCUGCAAACUGCCGCCGAAAGAAAUUCACUGGCCAAACUUGGAUACAAUCUGAUCCAUCAACACAAAUAUGGGGAUGCGGCAAUUUGGCUCGGUGCCAGAAGAAAAGGCUCGUGCCCGAGAGCCGGAAUCUGCAGCCCGCGGGAUACGUUCUUCUGGACUGAUAAGCACACUAGGGGUACUGCUGGAUUUGUAUUCUCACCUGGACAGCCUGAUGGAAUCACCGAUGGAUAUAAUGGACCAUGGGGAGUUCAAUCCUGUGUGCAUCAAUUCGUGUUCCCAAGUGGCUCAACUCAUCCGAGAUGGCCAGGAAUUCCACACGGAGCACUAGAUGAUCAGUAUUGUCAGGAAGGAAAGAAGAAUCCAUUUACAAAGUUUUAUGCUUGUGGACGGAAAGCUACGUAGAUCAUUUUGAGAUAAUGAAAUAAAAUAUUUAUGUGUUGAA